AUGAUCGGACGAUGUGGCGAAACAGCCGAUACUAAUCUAAAAGUUGGCAAACUAAAUGAGGGUCACGAAUACAAGUUCCGAGUGAAAGCUGUGAAUCGACAAGGAGUCUCAGCUCCACUGCAAACCGAUCAUGCGAUUACUGCCAAGAAUCCGUUCGACGAACCUGGUGCACCAACCGAUGUUACUCCCGUCGAUUGGGAUAAGGACCAUGUGGAUCUUGAAUGGAAGGCUCCUGAAAAUAAUGGUGGUGCACCGAUUGAACAGUACAUUGUUGAAAAGAAGGACAGAUACGGAGAGUGGGUACCAUGCGCAACUGUGGAUGGCAAAACAACAAAAGCCACUGCCAGCAACCUUGUGGCAGGAGAAACUUAUCAAUUCCGCGUAAAAGCAGUUAACAAAGCUGGUCCGGGAAAGCCAUCAGAACCUACCGGAAAUAUUGUGGCAAAACCAAGAAAGAUGGCUCCAAAAAUCAACCUCGCUGGUCUGCUGGAUCUUCGAAUCAAAGCAGGCACUCCGCUUAAAUUAGAAGUAGCCUUCGAGGGCGAGCCGGCUCCUACGGCAACUUGGUUUGCCAAUGAUACCAAUCUUGGAACAAGCCAAAGAGCUGAUAUCACUACAACUCCUACUACAUCAGAACUUCAAAUAUUCUCGAGUGUUCGAGGAGACACAGGACUCUACACGGUCACAGUGGAGAACGAACAUGGAAAAGACAAAGCUCAAUGCACUGUCACUGUGCUUGAUGUACCAGGUACUCCUGAAGGACCACUAAAAGUCAAUGAAAUCCAUAAAGAGGGAUGCACACUUACAUGGAAGCCACCAGCUGAUAAUGGAGGUUCGGAGAUCCUUCAUUACCGUGUCGAAAAGAUGGACACUUCGCGUGGAACUUGGCAGGAAGUAGGCGAAUUCCCUGAAUGCACUGCUAAGGUAAAUAAGCUGAUCAACGGCAAGGAAUACCAGUUCCGUGUGAUGGCCGUGAACCUACAAGGAGAGUCGAAACCACUUGAAACUCUAGAGCCUAUCAUUGCCAAAAAUGAAUUUGAUGUUCCUGAUCCAGUCGAUAAACCAGAGGUAGUUGACUGGGACAAGGACCGUAUCGACAUACAAUGGAAACCACCAGCGAACAAUGGUGGAAGCCCAGUGAAGAAUUAUAUCGUCGAAAAGAAGGAGAAGGGCAGUGCUAUCUGGAAUGAAGCGGGAAGAACUUCCGGCACGACUUUCUCAGCGAACAACCUCAAAACUGGCGUAGAAUACGAGUUCCGGGUCAUUGCCGUCAAUGAAGCUGGCCCUUCGGAUCCAUCUGAACCUACUGACGCUCAGAUGACGAAACCCCGAUAUUUAAAACCAAAAAUUCUCACGCAAAAUCGCAAGAUCAAAAUCAAGGCGGGCCAUACCCACACAAUGGAAGUGGAGUUCGAUGGAGCACCCGAACCUACAGCAACAUGGGGCUUCAAAGAAGGACAACCUUUACCACAAGAGCUUUUGCUUGAAACAAAGCCUGGCCUCACCAGCAUCUUCUUCCCGAGCGCAAAGAGAAGUGACAGUGGAUUGUACACUUUGAAAGUGAAAAAUGAAGUUGGUCAAGAUGAGGGCAUCUUCGAGGUUAUAGUGCAAGAUCACCCUGGCGCUCCCGAAGGACCCUUGGAAGUCUCAGACGUAACGAAGGAUAGUUGCGUGCUCAGCUGGAAUCCACCUGCUGACGAUGGAGGAUCUGAAAUAACCAAUUAUGUUGUUGAAAAACGUGACACAAAGACGAAUACCUGGGUUCCCGUGUCGGCGUUCGUCACGGGAACAAAAAUAACCGUACCAAAGCUCGUGGAAGGACAUGAAUAUGAGUUCAGAGUCAUGGCUGAAAAUGCCUUCGGACGAUCAGAUCCAUUAAAUACGACGGAACCAGUACUUGCUAAAGAUCCAUUUGGGGUUCCUGGAAAACCUGGACAGCCCCAAAUCGUGGACACAGAUAAUGACCACAUUGACAUCAAAUGGGAUCCACCACGCGACAAUGGUGGCUCUCCUAUCGAGCACUAUGACAUCGAAAGGAAAGACCUAAAAACUGGAAGAUGGGUCAAGGUCAAUACAACUCCCGUAAGUGGAACGACAUUCUCGGACGUAAGAGUACAGAAAGAUCACACCUACGAGUACAGAGUAGUGGCGGUAAAUAAGAGUGGUCCAGGUGCACCAUCGGAUCCCUCAGCUGCAGCCACCGCCAAGCCCAUGUUCGAAGGUCCCGUCUUUGAUAUGGAUAUCAAUGGCAAGGAGUUCCGUGUCAAAGUUGGCGAACCGCUCAACAUCGUCGUACCAAUGCACGGUUCUCCUACCCCAGAAGUAAAAUGGAUCAAAGACGCGAAAGAGAUGAUAGGAGUAGAAACCACCGACUCACAAACACGUCUCUACAUUGAAAAGGCUCGCCGCAGUGAUGCUGGUCCGGUCAAAAUCAAGGCUUCCAAUCCUUACGGAACUGCUGAAGCAGACAUUAAAGUCACUGUGAUUGACAAACCAGGAACUCCCGAAGGACUUGCAAGCGAUGAAAUCACGCGACAUACUUGCACACUCAAAUGGACACCGCCCAAGGACGAUGGAGGUUCAGAGAUUACUGGAUACAAAAUCGAAUACCAGCCUAUCGGAUCGCAAAUUUGGGAAAAAGUUCCCGGAAGUGUCGCUGGCACAUCAUAUACCGUUCGUGGUCUCGAGCAUGGCGAACAGUACCGCUUCAGAAUUCGAGCAGAGAAUCUUGUUGGAGCCUCCGACUAUGCUACUACAGGCCCAGUUCUAAUCAAAGAUCCAUACGACCCACCAGGUGCUCCUUCUACCCCAGAAGUCACUGGUUAUGACUCGAAUAUGGUGUCGUUAGCCUGGAAUCCACCGAAAGAUGAUGGCGGUUCUCCGAUAUUGGGCUACGUUGUUGAGAAAUUUGAGAAGAAGGGUGGCGGUGACUGGUCACCUAUCAAGAUGCCGCUGAUCAAGGGCACUGAGGUCACUAUUCCUAAUCUUCAUGAAGGAGAAACCUAUCAGUUCCGUGUCAGAGCAGUUAACGCCGCUGGUCAAGGAGAAGCCAGUGGCGGAACCGAGCCAGUCACCUGCAAACCGUUUUUCAUUUCAGUACCACCUGGAGCUCCUGAUCAACCAAGAAUUGGUGAUAUCACCAAGAAUUCUGCUGAAGUGCUGUGGAGUAAGCCAAUGAGAGAUGGUGGUGCUCCAAUUGACGGUUAUUACGUCGAAAAGAAGAAGAUUGGAGACACGGAUUGGUCAAGGGUGAACGCAAAACCAGUCAAGGGAACCUCUCUUGUUGUCGACGGUCUCGGCGAAAAGGAGGAAUACGAAUUCCGCGUUGUUGCCGUAAACUCAGCUGGAGAAGGUGAACCUUCAAAACCAUCAGACUUGGUAGUCAUUCAAGAACAACCCGGACGACCAGUAUUCGACCUGUCGAACCUCAAAGACAUCACCGUCCGCGCUGGAGAGACUAUUCAGAUCAAAAUUCCGUACAGCGGCGGCAAUCCGAAGCCUAUUGUGGAUUUGUUCAAUGGAACUACACCAUUGUUCGAGAACGAUCGCACAGUUAUUGACGUUCUUCCUGAUGCCAUUGUUAUCACGACAACAGAUUCGAAGAGGAGCGAUGCUGGUCCUUACAAGAUUGUCGUUUCCAACCGAUUCGGCAAAGACACAGCCAAACUGAAUGUGAAUGUAUUAGAUGUGCCUGGAAAACCAACUGGACCCAUAAAGGCGUCGGACAUACAAGGAGAUGCCAUGACUUUGAGUUGGCUGCCUCCAAAGGAUAAUGGAGGUGACGACGUCACGAACUACGUCGUCGAGAAGAGAACUCCAGGCGGAGAAUGGGUAGUGGUAGGGCAUCCAGUUGGCACCUCUAUGCGAGUGAGAAACCUCGACAGGAACCAACCUUAUGAAUUCCGAGUUUCUGCCGAAAAUCAGUAUGGCGUAGGACAGCCGCUUGAGACAGACGAUGUUAUUGUUGCUAAAGAUCCAUUUACUACCCCUGGAGCUCCCGGAAGGCCAGAAGCCCUUGAAACCUCCGAGGAAGCCAUCACCCUUCAAUGGAGCCGACCACUGACUGAUGGUGGUGCUCCAAUUCAAGGAUAUGUAAUUGAAAAACGUGAAGUUGGCACUAAGGAGUGGACUAAAGCC